AUGGAUGGCUCCUCCGCCAAACCCCCUCAAAUCUCGGAAAUGUUCCAGAAAUUCGCCCUCGCUUUCAAGACCAAAACCUUUGAAUUCUUCUCCGAGGAAGAAAACAACAACGCUUCCCCCCUCUUCGACGACAUCGACGGUUUCUCCCUCCUUGACUCCACCGAAGAAAUCAUCCCCGAUCAGAAAGUCGUCGUCAUCAAACCCGACCCCGAUCCCUCCAACAAUUCCUCCCCACCGCCGCUGCUGCCACAGCCACAAUCCCCUCCGCCACCGCCGCCGCCACAGAUCAUCCCUCCGCCUCCGCCCCCGGAAUCCCGCGAGCCCGAAACGCCACCGCCGCCGCUAACCUCUGCUCAGAUCAGAGAAAUGACACACGCCCUGGUCUCCUCGGUCUUCGCCGCCGUCUCCGCCUUCGAAGCCUCCUACUUCCAACUCCAGAGCGCGCACGUGCCGUUCGUGGAGGAGCACGUGACGAGCGCGGACAAGGUUUUAGUUUCCCACCUCCAGAGGCUCUCGGAGCUGAAGAGAUUCUACAGCAACUCCGAGCCAUGCGGUUUUCCCUUAGGGUUGCGCUUGGAGGCCGAAGUGGAAGAGAAUCAGAGCAAAUUGAGAACCCUCGGCACCGUCUCGAACCGCUUGCAGUGGGAGCUGGAGCAGAAGCACGACGAGGUGGUAGCCCUCAGAGCCAAACUCGACGAGAUUCACAGGGGUAACGUUAAUUUGUCCAAGAAGCUCUGUGCUCGCGCUUUGAACCCCUCUUCUGAUGUUUUGUUAACCGUUAAGGUGUUUGAUUCGUUGUUGCUCGACGCUUCUAGAGCGACGCAUAGGUUCACCAAGAUUUUGAUUGGGUUGAUGAGGAAGGCAGGGUGGGAUUUGGGUUUAGCUGCCAAUGCGGUUCAUCCCAAUGUUGAUUAUGCCAAGAAAGGGCACAACCAGUACGCGCUCUUGUCCUACGUUUGUUUGGGGAUGUUUCAUGGUUUUGAUUCGUUGAAUUUUGGAAUGGAGGAACCGGUGGUGUUGAAUGGACACGGUUCGGAUUUGGAGGAUAGGGAUGGUUGCUUGAAGCAACUGCUUGAGCAUGUGUCUAGCAAUCCCAUGGAUUUGCUGGGGAUUCACCCGGGUUGCAAGUUUUCACGGUUCUGCGAGCACAAGUAUGAGAGGCUCAUCCAUCCCUCGAUUGAGUCGUCCAUUUUCGUCAAUUUGGAGGAGAAGGAGGCAGUGUUGAACUCAUGGCGCUCGUUGAGUAUGUUCUAUGAGACCUUUGUUGGAAUGGCGAGUGCUGUUUGGACACUACAUAAGUUGUCCUACGCGUUCAAUCCUGCAGUUGAGAUCUUUCAAGUGGAAAGAGGUGUGGAGUUUUCUAUGAUAUACAUGGAAGAUGUGACAAAGAGGUUGACCUGGCCGAACAAGGGGAGGGCCAAGGUGGGAUUCUCUGUGCUUCCUGGUUUUAAAAUUGGGAGGGUAGUUAUUCAAUCGCAGGUUUAUAUAAGUAAUUUCAGAUGUACAGAGUAG